UUCGUUUUCCUCUAGCUCAUAAUUAUUAAGGUUCUUGGUAUCUUAUUUCAUAAGUGGGAGAAAGUUUCAGUAAAUUACACAGAUCAUAAUUAUUAAAAUGUUAUGAUAUGUUUCGUGUUACCACAGUUAUUAUCACCUUAUAUCCAAAUAACUUAAAAUCAUAUAUUUCAUAUAUUUAAAGAGUAGACAUUUUUGGUAUAUUCGGACUUUUACACAAUAAAUUUUAAAAUGUCCCAUGAAAACGAACUCAAGUAUUUGAUAUCAGGAAAUCUGUAUUAACAUCGUAAAUUCAUACGCACCAUAUAUUUUCGUUCAUAGUUACUGAACUACUAAAACUUGACCUAAAUUGAUUUUGUUUUUAUAUUUAAGUGAAUUUCCUAAUUCGAACAAUUUCGAAAGAUACAAUUAACUCAUUUUUAGUAAAGAAACACUUAUGAGUUAAUUCAAAACAAUUCAACAUUGAAUUCUUUUGUGUUUAAAUAUACACAGAAACAAGGUGAUAAUUAUAAUUCAUUUUUAUUGUGGAUUUAUUCUGUUGGGUGGUGAUUUUCAAAACAAAAAAAGAAAAGUGAACACUAGUUCAAUUAUACAAGUGAACAAAUAAAACACUAAAAUAUGCCUCCAGGAAUUCAACCAAAAUUUAUAGACAAACCAAAAAUUAAACAAUCUGGCAAAAAUGUCAUAUUUGAAGUUGUAGCUGAAGCAGAUCCAGCACCAGAAAUUCUUUGGACAAAAGCUGGGAAUGAAAUAAAAAAUUCUUCACGUUACAAAACUAAUUGUCGUACACUUGGUAAACAACAUACAUUAACAUUAGAAAUUAAUCAAGUAACAGCUGAUGAUGGUGGAGAAUAUUUGGUAACAGCUAAAAAUAAACUUGGUGAUUCAACAGCCACAAUAAACUUGAAUAUCGGAUCAGCUAAAGCCACACCAACUAAAGCUCCGAAAUUUCUUGAGAAACCAGUGAUUCGUAUGGAUAAGUCUAAAGGUGAAGUUAUUUUAUCAUGCAAAUUAGAAGCAAAACCUGCUGCAACACUGACAUGGUAUUUGAAUGAUCAAGAAAUAAACGAAAUCUCUGGGAAACGUGCAUGGGUAGUUUCAGAGCAACCUGAUGAUGUUUAUAUUAUUGAAAUACACAUUUUAUCACCAAAACCAGAAGAUGGUGGUAUGUAUAAAAUUCAUGCAAAAAAUUCAGCUGGAGAAAGUAAUGCAAAUAUCAAUUUAAAUCUACAAGCAAAUCAGAAACAAGCAGGAAAAGGUCCAGUAUUUGAAAAGCCGAAAAUAUACCAAAAUAAUCUAGGACGUGAUGUAAUUUUAGAAUGUCGUUGUAGUGCAGAUCCUGCACCUACUUUCACUUGGUAUCAAAAUACAAAAGAACUUAAAGCAAGACCAGGUAGAUAUGAAAUGGAGGAGAGUAAAGACGGUGCAGUAUUCUUAAACAAAUUAAAAAUAAUUAAUUUUAUGAAUGCAGAUGCAGGCACAUACAAAUUAAUGGCCAAAAAUAAUUCAGGUGAUGCGACUGCAGUUAUGGAGGUAAAAAUGCCUAAGAUUGUCGGAAUGCCAAAUAUUCGUUUUGAAGAUAACAAUCAACGUGCUUUUCUUGAGGUCCGUGUUGACUCUGGGAAUCCUCCAGAAGCAAAAUGGUCACAUUCAGGAAAAACUAUCAAAGUGGAAGGACGCUACAGCUCAGAAUGUACAAUGGAAGGUAGAAAUUACGUGAUGAAUCUCACAAUUAAUGAUCUAACUGAAAAAGACUCUGGACUAUAUGAAUGUGAAAUUUUCAACGGUGUUGGUAAAGUACAACAGUCAAUUACAGUUAAAGUACCACCCAAAGAUCCUAAAGUCAAACUUCCACAAAUCGUAGGAUACUUGAACAGCCAGACUGCUGAAUUAGGACGAACAUUUAUAAUGACGGUAGAUUAUGCAGUUGGUUCAGUUACUCCACAAGCUAAAGUACUUAAAAAUGGAAUUGAUCUAUCACUUGACAAACGAUGUACUAUUCGAGUUGAUUCUACUAAACAUUCAGUUAUAAUCACAAUAAAAAAUGUACAAAUAGAUGAUAAAAGUACAUAUACUCUUCAAUUGUUAGCAAAUGGUAAUGUUUGUGAUAAAGGAAAUUUUGAUUUAUCAGUCAUUCAAGUGAAUGAUGAAGCAAAUGAAGAGGUUGAUGAAGUUGGUGAAUUACACGUACCUUCAAACAAAGGAAGUCGACGCUCAUCAACUGUUAAAAAGGAGGAGGAAUAUCUUAAUCGUCGCUCUUCACAGGAAAAGCCAGGUCUUCUAGAUCCUAAGGCUUUGGAACAAUCACUUCAGGCUAGACGUGAUUCAAUGACUAAUCGGAGAACCUCAUUGGCUGAUGCAAUCCCUGGAUUUGCUGGAUUAAAGCAUCGGGAGACGCCGAAAGUUGAAAAAGAAUAUUUUGUUGAAGAGUUACAAGAUGUAAAAAUUAAAGAAGGUAGUUUAAAAGCGUUGCUCAAAUGUACCUUCUGCAAGUCAACAUCUAAAUUUCGAUGGUAUAAAAACAAGUUGGAAAUAUUUCAAGGGCCAAAAUAUAAUUUUUUGCAAGAAGGUAAUGAAUUCGCUUUAGAAAUUAAAAAGAUUGCUAUGGAAGAUGUAGGCAAAUAUACUUGUAAAUGUAAUGAUAUUUCAACAACUUGUACAAUACAAGUUGAAGAAAAAAAGCAUACAUAUCAUUUUAAUCAAAAAUUGCCUAAAACAGCUGAAGUUGUUCGAGGUAAAGAUUUAACAGUUGAAUGUUCUGUAUCCGAUCCAAGAGCAACUGUUGCAUGGUAUCAUAAAGGUGAAAAAGUUGAAUAUGUUGCUGGUAAAAUUGAAAUUAAACGUCGUGAAAAUCGUUGCAUUCUUCGUAUUGUACGAGCCAGACCUGAACAAGAAGGUGAAUACUGUUGUAUUGUAGAAGGAGAUGAAACAUAUAUGGAUAUUGCAGUUGAAGAUCCUGACUGGUCUUUUACACGAGAACUUAAACCUCAACAAGCUUUAGAAAAUGAUGAAGUGGUAACAUUUGAAUGUGAAGUGUCCGAUCGAGACGCUGAAGUUACUUGGUAUAAAAAUGGAGAGCCUAUUACAGCUAAUGAUAAAUAUGAAAUGCUAGCUGAAAAGAAAGUGAAACGUAUUUUAAAAGUGAAGAAAAUUACGAUGACUGAUGAUGCAGAAUACACUUGUAAAGUUGCCAAGAAGACAACUACUGCUACUUGCACAGUAAAACCUGAUGUUGAAUUCAGACAAAAUCUUAUCGAUACAAAAGGUAUUGAAACUAAACAUAAAGAAUUAGAAUGUCGUGCAUUUAAUCCUAAAAAAUAUCCAGUUUAUUGGUUUAAAGAUGGUUUACCUAUAGAACUAAAUGAUCGUAUUUCAACAACAGAAAUUGAAGGUUCUUUAUACUUAAUAUUUCAAUAUUUGGAAAUGGAUGAUACAGGAUAUUAUAGUUGUAAAAUUGGUAAUCAUGAAACCAAAGGACUUUUAGAGGUACAAGAAUGUGAAAAACCUCCAUCAGUUGAUCUUACAAAUUUCAAGACUCAAGCCACUUUAAAGAAAGGGGCUAACUUCAUGACAGCAGUUCCAUUUAAGGGUUUCCCUGUACCACAAGUUGUUCUUAUGUGUAAUGGAGAACCUGUGAAUGAAGCAAUUAAGUUGAAACCUGUUGUUAAGGGAAAUAUUGUCGAAUUACAGUUAGAGGAUGCUGCUAGAGCUGACAGUGGAAAAUAUGAAUUGAAAUUGAAAAAUGAACUUGGUGAAGCUUCAGUACCACUUGAACUUAAUAUUCUUGAUCGCCCUGGCAAACCACGUGGUCCGUUAUUGUUAACUAGCUUAUCAGCUAAAAAAUGUGUACUUGAGUGGGAUCCACCUGAAGAUGAUGGCGGCUCACCAAUCAAACAUUACGUUGUUGAAAAAAUGGAUGUUUCUGAUGGUAAUUGGAAACUGGUUAAAAAUGCUAAAGCACCUCAAUGUGAAGUCGACUUGGAAGAGGGCCACAAAUAUAAAUUUCGUGUACGUGCUGUUAAUAACGAAGGUGAAAGUGAAAAUUUAGAAGUUGAUAAGGAGAUCCUAGCCCGUGAUGUUUGUGAUCCACCGGAUGCACCGACUGGACUAGAGAUUGAAGAUUAUGAUCGUGAUCAUGCGAAAUUAAAGUGGCUUCCACCAAGACGUGACAAUGGCGCACCUGUAUUAAAAUAUAUCCUUGAAGCUAAAGCAAAAAGUAAAAAUAAAUGGGAAACGGUAAAAGAGGUUUCUGAUCCAGCAGCUAAAGUUGAUCUAAAAGAAGGUGAAGAAUAUGAAUUCCGUGUAACUGCAGUUAAUAAAGCCGGUAAAUCAGAACCAAGUGAAGUUAGCAAACCACUUAUAGCCAAACCACGUUUCUUGAAACCAUUCAUCAUUAAAACUGGUUUAAAACCAAUAAAAGUAAAAGUCGGUGAAGUUGUUCAAUUAAAGCUUGAUUUUCGCGGUGAACCAGAUCCUGUAGCAGUCUGGUCAAAAGAAUCAACUCCCCUUGAGUCAACACCAGAAAUUGAAUUAACUUUUGAACUACGAUCAGCGUCUCUUAAAAUUUUAUCAGCUCAGCGUAAAGAUACCGCUUUGUAUACUUUGCGAGUAAGUAACGAAGUUGGCGAGGAUCAGGCAAGCAUUGAAGUUGUUGCACUUGGUAAACCAUCUCGUCCAGUUCCACCAAUGGAAAUUACAGAAGUUACCAAAAAUUCUGCUCAGUUAAGUUGGAAGAAACCGGAGGAUGAUGGUGGUACACCGAUCACGCACUAUAAAGUUGAAAAAAUGAACCUGAAUAAAGGCCGAUGGGAACCUGUAGCUGAAAUUACUAAAGGAUUAACAGCGACUGUAAAUAAAUUAGAAGAAGGUCAACCAUAUAAAUUCCGUAUAAUUGCUGUUUCAAGUCAAGGAGAAAGUGAACCACUUGAAUGUGAUACUGAAAUAAUUGCUAAAAAUCCAUUUGAAAGACCUGGUCCACCAGAGAAACCAAAGAUUGCUGACUAUGAUCGCACUCACAUAGAUAUAAAAUGGGAACCACCUGAAGAUGAUGGAGGUGCACCUAUAAAAGGCUAUCAUGUUGAGCGCAGAGAGCCAAGGUCGCAACGCUGGAUGCGUUUGACACGUGUUCCUCAACAGGAUCUUACAUAUUCUGAUUCCGGAGUUCGUGAAGGAAAAGAAUACGAAUAUCGUGUGAUAGCAGUGAAUGAAGGUGGCUUAAGUGAUCCAAGUCCUCCAACUGAUUUACAAUUUGCAAAAGCUAGUCGAGAACCUCCUAAAUUAAAACUAACUGAAUUGCCAUUGGGAAUAAAACAAGAGAUCCGAUUAAGAGCCGGUGAACCAUUACAUAUGCCUAUCCCAAUAACUGGUGCUCCUACACCUACAAUAACAUGGUCCAAAGACAAUAAACCAUUGCCAACUCGUUGUCAACUGCAAAAUUCUGAAGAACAUACUUGUUUAGAUGUACCCAAAUCAAUACGUGAUGAUUCGGGUCUCUAUAAAAUUCAUUUAGCGAAUGAAUAUGGUCAAGAUGAAGCAGUUGUUAAAGUUAUUGUAAUGGAUAAACCUUCACCACCAAUCAAUGUAGAAGCAAUCGAUGUAUAUGCUGAAUCAUGUAAACUUAUUUGGAAACCACCAAUGGAUGAUGGAGGUACACCGAUAACAGAUUAUCUAGUUGAACGAUGUGAUGAAACUGGCAUUUGGGAACGUGUAUCCGGACUGGUUACAGAUAAUUCAAUAAAUGUCAAGAAUUUGAUUAAAGGGAAAUCUUAUCGUUUUCGUGUAUUUGCUGUCAAUAUGAUAGGAAAUAGUGAACCAGGGGAGACAAAAACUGCGAUACUUGCCAAAAAUCCUUAUGAUCCUCCUGGUGCACCAGAAAAAUUGAAUAUUGAUGAAUAUGAUAAACGUUCAGUGAAAUUAUCUUGGAAACCCCCAGCAGACGAUGGAGGUAACCCAAUCAAGGGUUACUUAAUUGAAAAACGAUUACCUCGAGGUGAAUGGCGUAAGGCGACAGGAUCACUUGUCCCUGGCACAGAAGCAACAAUUACUGGAAUAGAAGAGGGUCAAACCUACGAGUUUCGUGUCAGUGCUGUUAACGAUGCUGGACCUGGUAAACCUUCUAAAGCGACUGAACCACAUCUGGUCAGGGAUCCAGUUUAUCCACCUGGACCACCUGAAGGGUUGAAUGUGGAAAAGGCUAAUAAAAAUGGUGUCAAACUUUCUUGGAACAAACCACGACGUGAUGGUAACGCACCAGUCACUGGUUAUGUAGUAGAAAAGAAAGGGGAUGAUGAUCAGUGGAUACCUGUUCAAAAAACAACUAAUCCAUGCGCAUUUGUCCCCAUGAAAGAAGGAGAAACAGGACAAUUUAGAGUUCGAGCAGUCAAUUCAGAAGGACCAGGAGAGCCAACAAAACCGACAGCUGUAAUCACUGCUGUAGAUCCACCUGAACCUCCAAGAAUAUGUACACCUGAAGAGGGAGUUGGAGGUCCUGGCUCUGGAGUAGGUGGGCUGAAAGAUAUUACGCUCAAGGCUGGUCAAGAGUUGUUAUUAGCUGCGGCUUGGUUUGGAAGUCCUAAACCAAAUCCUACGUGGACACUAAAUGAGAAAGUUGUCAAACCAGACGGCAAACUUAUCCAAAUCUCAGAUGAACCUCCACCACCACCUGCCAACCCUGGUCCUGGCGGAGCAUUAGAACAAUCUUCCGGUGGAACAGCUAUUCUUCGAAUUCCAAAGGCACGUCGAAGUGAUGGCGGUAACUAUGAGUUGACCCUAGCGAAUGAUCUUGGACAAGUCAAAACAUCUUGUCAUGUUGAAGUUCUAGACGUCCCUGGACCUCCAGAAGGGCCUUUAGAAGCAACUGAUGUGAAUGCUGAAGAAAUGACACUUAAAUGGAAACCUCCAUUAGAUGAUGGAGGACAACCAAUUUCAAAUUAUAUUCUUGAAAAACGAGUUAAGGGAAGUGAUAAUUGGCAAAAAGUUAGUGCUUUCUUAAAUUCACCAAAUGCAACUGUUAAAAAUUUAGAAGUUGGACAAGAGUAUGAAUUUAGAGUGAUGGCUGAAAAUCCUAUGGGUGUUAGUGAACCACUUUUAACAACUAAAGCUAUUAAAGCAAGACAUCCUUAUGAUCCACCUUCAGGUAUGAAGAAACCUAUCAUCGAAACUACAACUGAUGACUCGGUAACUUUAUCUUGGGAACCACCAAUGAAAGGUCCAACCACAGGUUAUAUUGUAGAAAAAAGACCAAAAGGUUCCAGAGAAUGGACAAAAGCGAAUACAGGCAAUGUAACAGGUACUGAGUACACUGUGAAAGGUUUACCGAAAGGAAAAGAAUUUGAAUUUCGUAUUGUACCAUACAAUUUGGCUGGUAAUGGUGAACCAAGUGAACCCACAGAACUAAUCAAAGUUCAAUUCCCAAUAACUCCACCAAAAAUAGGACGUAAUGUACCACGUGAAGUAACUGGACGUGUUGGAGAACCAUUUAAAAUUCAUGUACCUUUUACUGGAAGUCCGCCAGAUAAAGUGGAAGUGACUAAGAAUGGAAUCCCUGUACCACUUGAAGGUGGUCGUUUCAAAGUGGAAAUCACUCCUGACGAAGUUAUCAUUACGGAUAAAGAAGCAGAGAAAAAUGAUGGAGGCUUGUAUAAAAUUGAUUUGGAAAAUGAGAAAGGUCGUGAUUCAGCUCCUGUCAAUGUAAAAGUUGUAGGACCACCUGAACCACCUCAAGGACCAUUGGAAAUUAGUCACAUCAAAAAUAAUUCAUGUUCAUUAAGUUGGAAUCCGCCAACAGAUAAUGGUGGGAGUCCAAUAACAAAUUAUAUUGUUGAAAAACAAAAUACUAAGACCGGUGAUUGGAGUGUCGUCAACUCAUUUGUUCGCACACCGAACUGCGAUGUAACUGGCUUGGAUGAAGGUAAUAUGUACCGAUUUCGUGUACGUGCAGCUAAUGAAGUCGGUGUAAGUGAACCUUUAGAUGCGGACAGAGCAAUAGUUGCAGAAAAUCCCUCAACUGUACCUGGAGCUCCUGGAAAUCUUACACCAUCAGAUGUGGAUGCUAAUAAAGUGACAUUGGAAUGGACUAAACCUAAAUCAGAUGGAGGACGUCGUAUUAUAGGCUAUGUAGUUGAAUAUAAACCUGUAAAUUCAGAUGAAUGGCGUUCAGCUCCAGAAGGAUUAGUCAAGGGUAAUUCCACAACUGUCGAUGGACUUAAGAAAGGAGAAAAAUAUCUAUUUCGAGUUUGUGCUAAAAAUGAGAUUGGACUUAGUGAACCAUGUACAGCUAAUCGACCAGUUGAAUGCAAACCUAAAUUCACCACAGCUGAUAGUCCUGGUACACCGACUAUUGAAGAUGUUGGGAAGAACUUUAUCGAUUUAACCUGGUCUAAACCAAUGAAAGAUGGAGGUGCUCGUAUCACUGGCUAUUUAGUAGAGAAACGGAAAAAGUUUGCUACUGACUGGGAACCUGCUACACCAGAUGGAAAGCCUGUUAUGAAUAAUAAUGCUCAUAUUGAUGGCCUUGAUGACAAUGCUGAGUAUGAAUUCCGUGUGAGUGCUGUAAACGCCGCAGGAAUUGGUGAACCGAGUCAACCUACAGAAUUAACCAAAAUAUGUCCAAAAAGAGAUAAGCCACAACCACCAUCAGACGUUGAAGCCAAAGAUAUAUAUGCUGAUAGUUGUGUAUUAACCUGGAACCCACCUGGAUCAGACGGCGGAUGUCCAAUCAUCGAUUAUAUUGUUGAAAAAUGUGAUGCAACCACUGAAGUAUGGGAACGUGUUCCAACUGUAGUCACUAAUACAACCUGUCCAAUCAAAGGUUUAAUUGAAGGUAAACGUUAUCGUUUCCGUGUAUCUGCUGUAAAUACUAUGGGACCAAGUGAACCAGCAGAAACAAAUACAGCAAUUACAGCCAAAAAUCCAUUUGAUGCACCGGAUGCACCAGAAAAUGUAAAAGUUGAAUCAUUCGACAGUCAUGGAGUUACAUUAGCAUGGAAACCACCAGAAAAUGAUGGAGGCAAUCCAAUUCAUGGUUAUUUGAUUGAAAAACGCACACCAAACGGAGAAUGGAAACCAGCUACAACAGGAUUAGUGCAUGGAAAGGAGGCCGAAUUAACAGGUUUAGAAAAAGGACAAACUUAUGAAUUUCGUGUUAGUGCAGUAAAUGACGCUGGAGCUGGACGUCCAUCUAAAGCGACAUUGCCUCAAGUUAUAAAAGAUCCAACAUACCCACCUAGUGCACCAGAUUCAAUUAAUGUGGAUAAAGUUAAUAAAAAUGGUGUAAAAUUAUCAUGGCAAAAACCACGUAAAGAUGGUGGAAGUAAAAUCACUGGAUAUCAAGUGGAAAAGAAAGAUGAAAAUGGUAAUUGGGUACCUGUGAAACAGACUACAGAACCAUGUGCAUUUAUCCCAAUGAAGGAGGGUGAGACUGCACAAUUUCGUGUAUGUGCAGUGAACGAUGAGGGUCCAGGUGAACCGACUCGACCUACUGCACCCGUGACAGCUGUUGAUCAACCAGAAGCACCGAGAAUAUGUACCCCUGAUGAUUGUGUUGGUGGUUUAGGCAGUGGAGUUGGAGGCCUCAAGGAUGUUAAACUGAAGGCUGGUCAAGACUUAAAGCUUCCUGUUGCUUGGUUUGGUCAUCCAAAGCCAAGAUUUAAUUGGAGUCAAAACGAUAAACCUAUACAAAUUGAUGGUAAACGAAUAAUUGAAAUAAAUGAAGCCCUACCACCACCUGCAAAUCCUGGACCUGGAGGAGUUCUUGAAAUGUCUCCAGGAGGUACAGUAGUUUUGUCAGUUGGAAAAGUCCGUCGUGCAGAUAAAGGACAAUAUCAGUUGACAAUUGUCAAUGAACAAGGUCAAGCAACUACUUCUUGUCAAGUAGAAGUAAUUGACGUACCAAGUCCACCAGGUGGACCACUUGAAGCAACAGACGUGAAAGCAGAUGAAAUAACUUUGAGAUGGAAAGCACCUGAAGAUGAUGGUGGUGAACCAAUAACUAACUAUGUGUUACAAAAGAGACGUAAAGGUUCAGAUAAUUGGGAAAAGGUCAGUGGAUUCUUAAAUUCACCAAAUGCAACUGUUAGAAAUCUAGAAGAGGGCACAGAAUAUGAAUUCCGUGUAAUGGCUGAAAAUGCAAUGGGUCAAAGUGAACCUUUAAUAACAACCCAACCGAUUAAAGCUAAACAUCCAUUUGAUCCUCCAUCCGGUAUGCAAAAGCCAACUGUUGAAGAUACAAGUGAUGAUUCAGUUACUUUAGCCUGGGAACCUCCACGUAAAGGUCCUGUUACAGGAUAUAUUGUAGAAAAAAGAGCUAAAGGAGAUAAAAACUGGUCUAAAGCCAAUGCAGCUCCAAUAUCCGGUACAGGUUAUACUGUUAAAAAUUUACCGAAAGGAAAAGAAUUUGAAUUUCGUGUCAUUCCAGUCAAUGCAGCUGGUCAAGGUGAACCAAGUGAACCGACUAAAUUUAUUAAAGUACAGAAACCCAUUACUAUUCCAAAGAUAACUAUUGAUGCACCAAAAGAAAUAAAUGCUCGCUUAGGUGAACCAUUUAAAAUUCGAAUUCCAUUUACUGGUGGACCACCAGAAGAAGUCGAGUUGAUAAAAGAUGGCAAGCCUGUCCCAUUAGAUACAAAUCGUUUUAAACUUGAAGUGACACCAAAUGAAGUUAUUAUCACAGAUACAAAAGCGGAAAAAGAAGAUGCUGGACAGUAUAAAGUUGCUUUGAAAAAUGAAAAAGGUGAAGCCAGUCAUCCACUCACCGUGAAAGUACUAAGUCCACCUGAUACUCCUGAAGGUCCUUUGGAAGUUAGUGAUAUCAAAGGUGAUUCGUGCAAAUUAACAUGGAAUCCUCCAAAGAAUAAUGGAGGCAGUCCGAUAACAAAUUAUAUUGUGGAGAAACUGGAACCGAGAACUGGAGAAUGGUUACCUGUUAGUAAAUUUGUCCGAACUCCAGAAUAUGAAGUUACUGGUUUAGAACCAGGGAACAAUUAUAGAUUUCGUGUACGAGCUGAAAAUGAACUUGGAACAAGUGAACCUUUAGAAACAAGCCGUUCAAUACUGGCUGAAGAACCAAGUACUGUACCAGAUGCGCCAAAUAAUUUGACCGUGGCUGAUGUAGAUGCUAAUAAAGUUACACUGGAAUGGUCUAAGCCGCGUAAUGAUGGUGGUAAACGCGUAAACGGUUAUGUGGUUGAAUAUAAACCACUUAAUUCAACAGAAUGGGAACAAGCUGCUAUUGUAAAAGAUUUAACUGCCACUGUCGAUGGGUUGAAAAAGGGUGAAAAAUAUAUGUUCCGUGUUUCUGCUAGAAAUGAAGUAGGUGUGAGUCAACCAUGCUCAACCAAUCGUGCAGUGGAAUGUAAACCGAAACAUACUACAGCCGAUAGCCCAGGACGACCAAAUGUAGAUGAUAUAGGAAAGAAUUCAAUCGAUUUGUCCUGGUCACGUCCAGCUAAAGAUGGUGGUGCUAAGGUGACAGGUUAUAUUGUUGAAAAACGGAAAAAGAAUUCACCAGAUUGGGAACCUGCAGUAUCAGGAAAUACACCUGUUACUGGUACACAAGCUCACAUCGAUGAUUUAGAUGAGAAUGGUGAAUAUGAAUUCCGUAUCAAACCAGUUAAUGCAGCUGGAGUUGGUGAACCAAGUGAACCUACUCCGAUGACUAAAAUUAGACCAAAAAGAGAUAAACCAAACCCACCUGAAGACGUUGAAGUCAAUGAUCUUUCAGCAGAUAGCUGUAAACUAACCUGGAAACCUCCAGCUAAAGAUGGAGGCGCUCCAAUUACUGAUUAUAUCGUUGAAAAAUGUGACGCAACAACCGGAAUCUGGGAGAAAGUUCCUGCUUUAAUUGUGGGAACAUCAUGUCCUAUUAAAGGUUUAGUUGAAGGGAAACGUUACCGCUUUCGAGUAUCAGCUGUUAAUCCAUUAGGUCAAAGUGAACCUACUGAAUUAUUAAAUGCUGUAACGGCUAAAAAUCCUUUCGAUGCACCAGAUUCACCUGAUAAUUUAAAUAUGGAUUCAUUUGAUAAACAUUCUGUGGAUCUCUCAUGGACUCCGCCAAAACAUGACGGUGGAAAUCCUAUUAAAGGAUAUCUUGUUGAAAAGCGUACACCUAAAGGUGAAUGGAAACAAGCAACAAAUGGAUUGGUAACAAAUCCUUCAGCUCAUUUAACAGGUCUUGAACCAGGUGAAACUUACGAAUUCCGUGUAAGUGCCGUAAAUGACGCUGGUCCAGGGCGCCCAUCAAGGGCUACAGCACCUCAUGUUAUGAAAGAUCCCAGUUAUCCUGCUGCAGCACCAGAGUCAUUAAAUGUGGAUAAAGUUAAUAAAAAUGGUGUAAAAUUAUCAUGGCAAAAACCACGUAAAGAUGGUGGAAGUAAAAUCACUGGAUAUCAAGUGGAAAAGAAAGAUGAAAAUGGUAAUUGGGUACCUGUGAAACAGACUACAGAACCAUGUGCAUUUAUCCCAAUGAAGGAGGGUGAGACUGCACAAUUUCGUGUAUGUGCAGUGAACGAUGAGGGUCCAGGUGAACCGACUCGACCUACUGCACCCGUGACAGCUGUUGAUCAACCAGAAGCACCGAGAAUAUGUACCCCUGAUGAUUGUGUUGGUGGUUUAGGCAGUGGAGUUGGUGGUUUGAAAGAUAUUAGUAUAAAGGCUGGACAGGAAUUAAAAUUACCAGUGGCUUGGUUUGGUCAUCCAAAACCUACAUUUAAUUGGACAUUAAAUGGUGAACCAGUGAAGAUUGAUGGAGUUCGUGUUAUCCAAAAAGACGAGCCUUUACCACCUCCCUCUCAUCCUGGACCUGGAGGACAUUUGGAACUUUCACCUGGUGGUGUUGUCUUACUUGUUAUUCCUAAAGUGAAACGAUCUGAUCAUGGAAGAUAUCAAUUAACAGUAAUGAAUGAUUUGGGUCAAGCAAGUACUUCAUGUCAAGUAGAAGUUAUGGAUGCUCCAUCUGCACCUGGAGGACCUCUUGAAGCAACUGAUAUCAGUGCAAAUGAAAUAACCUUGAGCUGGAAGCCUCCUACAGAUGAUGGUGGACAGCCUAUUACUAAUUACAGACUUGAGAAACGUCCGAAAGGUUCAGAUAGUUGGCAGACAGUUAGUGGAUUUUUAAAAUCACCGAAUGCAACAGUCAGAAAUCUUGAAGAAGGUACAGAAUAUGAAUUUAGAGUUAUGGCUGAAAAUCCAUUAGGACUUAGUGAACCACUCAUGACCAGUUCACCAAUAAAAGCAAGGCAUCCAUUUGAUCCACCUUCUGGAAUGUCACAGCCAACAGUUGAGAAUGUUACAGAUGAUUCAGUGACAUUAUCGUGGGAGCCACCUAGAAAAGGUCCAAUUACUGGUUAUACAAUAGAAAAGCGUGGAAAAGGAGAUCGUGCUUGGACUAAAGUAAAUGUACAUCCAUUGUCAACGAAUGAAUAUACCAUAAGAGGUUUACCACAGAGUAAAGAAUUUGAAUUUCGGGUUGUUCCAUUCAAUGCUGCUGGUGCAGGUGAACCUAGUGAACCGACAGGUUACGUUAAGAUUCAAAAGCCCAAAGCUGCUCCUAAAAUCAGUCCUGACGCACCUAAACAAGUAAAUGUUACAAAAGGUGAACCGUUUAAAAUUCGUAUCCCGUACACUGGAAGUCCACCAGAUGUUGUGGAAGCUACCAAAGAUGGUGUACCAGUUAUCUUAGAUGAUGGUCGAUUCGUCGUAACUAUUACACCUGACGAGGUGAUUAUCGUUGGGAAGAAAGGAGAUAAACAAGAUGAAGGGCCAUAUAAGAUAACAUUAAAAAAUGAUAAAGGUCAAGAUACUUUACCAAUUAAAAUUAAUGUUCUUGGACCACCAGAUAGUCCACAAGGACCACUUGAAGUGAAAAAUAUCAAGUCAGAUUCAUGUACACUUGGUUGGAAGCCACCGAAGGAAACUGGUGGUUGUCCAAUAACUCAUUAUGUAGUUGAGAAACAAGAUCAAAGUACUGGCGAAUGGACACCAGUCAGUAAAUUUGUACGUGGUACAGAAUACGAUGUACUUGGUUUAGAUGAAGGCAAGAAACAUAAAUUUCGUGUUCGAGCUGCAAAUGAAUUUGGUCUUAGUGAACCACUUGAACUAGAUCAUACAAUUACAACAGAGAAUCCAUCAACUGAACCUGGAGCACCAGGCAAUGUUGAAGUAGCCGAUGUUGAUUCAAAUUCAGUUACAUUAGAAUGGUCAAAGCCAAGAUCUGAUGGUGGUAGUAAAAUAAACGGUUAUGUAAUCGAGUUUAGACCAGUAAAUGGUGGAAGUUGGGAGAAAGCGCCAACAGGACCUAUUAGAGGAAAUAGUGGAACAGUGACUGGUCUUUCCCCCGGUGAAAAAUAUGUAUUUCGUGUUCUUGCUAAAAAUGAUGUUGGCACUAGUGAACCAAGUUCAUCAACACGACCUAUUGAAUGUAAACCAAAAUAUGUACUAGCAGGUAGCCCGAGUGAACCUAACGUUGAUGGAGUUGGCAAGAAUUGGAUUGAUUUAUCAUGGUCAAGGCCAAACAACGAUGGUGGUGCUAGAAUUACUGGAUAUAUUGUUGAAAAGCGCAAAAAAGACUCUCCAGAUUGGGAGGUAGCGACAUCAGAUGGUAAACCUAUCAGCAGUAACUACGUACGUCUUGAUAAUCUUAAUGAAGGAGAUAUGUAUCAAUUCCGUGUCAAAGCAGUUACUGCAGCUGGACCAGGUGAACCAAGUAAUCCGACUCCCAUUAUCAGAAUUGAAGAAAAGAAACCUACCGCAAUACCUGAUUUUGUCACGAAAAUUCGUCCUACAACUGCACCUAUCGGAGGCACAGCUGGAUUCGAAGUACAAGUUGAUGGUCAACCACUUCCUUCUGUACGCUGGUUUAGAGAUGGUAUAGAACUUUUACCAGGUAACCGUAUUAAGAUCAAUCCACCUGGUCCUGAUGGAAAAGCGAGCAUUGAAAUACAUGAUCUUGAUGAAAAAGAUAGUGGGACAAUAACUUGUCAAGUUUCAAAUCCUUCUGGUAAAAACUCAUGUUCAGCUCCAUUUGAAGUAUUGGCAAUACCCAAGAUACUGGGUAAUAUUGAUGAUAAAAUGGCUUCAGAAGGUGAUCUUGUUAAACUUAAAGUUCCUUACUCUGGUCGAGGAUCUAUCACGUUGAAAUUAAAGUGUAAUGGUCAUGAAAUACCGGAAUCUAGUCGAGUUAAAUUGAUGGAUUUAGAUGGAACAGCAUCUAUUCAACUAAAAGAUGUAACAAGAAAUAUGAGUGGAUACUAUACUUUAGAAAUUGGCAAUGAGAGUGGUUUCAGUUCAGUACCAUUCAAUUUAAAAGUAACAUCUCCUCCGGGAGAAUGUCAAGGCCCGAUUACUGUUACGGAUACAACACCUUUCAGUACGCGAUUGUCAUGGAAACCUCCAAAGGAUGACGGGGGAUCAAAAAUUACUCACUAUGUUAUCGAGCGUCAAGAGGUUGGUAAAGAUCGCUGGGUCCCUGUAUCAUCUGGUAGUAAGGAACCAAAUUGUGAAGUACAAGGUCUUCAGGAAAAUACACAUUAUUUGUUCCGUGUGGCUGCUGUCAAUGAUUGUGGUCAAGGUGAUUGGUUCCAAGUGCCCAAUGAAGUAAUUGCUAAGUAUCCGUUUGACAAACCUGGAAAACCAGGUGAUUUAACUGCUAACGAAGUUGGUGGAGAUUUUGUUAAUCUUGCAUGGACUAGACCUUCCACAGAUGGUGGUGGUCGUAUACGUGGUUAUAUUGUCGAAAAACGUGAAGUUGGUGCACAGAACUGGUCGCGUGUCACUCCAAAUCCUAUACUUACACUCAGUUACAAUGUUCCGAAUUUGAUUGAGGAUAAAACCUAUGAGUUUCGUGUUAUGGCUGUCAAUGAUGCUGGCGAAAGCGAACCAACUAUGAUAGAUCGACCCGUGUGUGUUAAAGAUCCUAAAGCUGUUUCACGACCGACUUUCAUCAGUGGUCUUAAACCACAAAUUGUGAAUGAAGGUAGAGAUGCUGUGUUUGAAAUUGAAGUCGACUGUUCAUCGAACUACGAUGUAGUAUGGUCAAAAGGUCCUCGAGAUCUUGUUGAGUCCCAUCGUAUUGAAAUGACUAAAGAAGGACACCUCCACUAUUUAACUAUUCGUAACUGUGGCCUUGAAGAUGCUGAUGAGUAUAGCAUCAAAGUUUCAAAUCGAGGUGGUUCUAAAGUCAGCCGAGCACCACUGUCUGUCAAAUCUAAACCUCAAAUACAUUUACCAAGUCGUUGGCAAGAGCCUACAGAAUGGGAACGUGGUGAUUCUAUUGUAAUCAAAGUACCAUAUACAGGAUUCCCUAAACCUAAAGCUAAAUGGACAUUAAAUGGUAAGGAUAUAAGGGAAGGGAAAAAUGUCAAUACUCAGCUGAAAGAUCGUCACGCUAUAAUCACCUUGGAGAAUGUAGGUGAAGAAUUCUCGGGCAAAUUAAAUAUAACAUUAGAAAAUGAAAUGGGAUCAGAUUCAGCAAAUAUUGAAUUAAGAAUAAACGAUAGACCACCACCACCAGUCAAUUUAAAGGUAGAAGGUGUAGCUGAUGGAUCAGCACUUUUAUCUUGGAGUAUGCCUGAAGGGACUGGGUAUAUUUCUCAGUAUAUCAUUGAACGAUGUGAAAUGCCUGGUGAUACUUGGAUUAGAGCAGGUACUAAUCGUUUCUCAACGUAUAACUGUGAAGGGCUUGUCAAUGGUAAAGAAUAUCGAUUUCGUGUAAUUGCAGAAAAUCUGCAUGGUCGAAGUGAUCCAUGUCAACCUACUGAAAGUCACUUAAUUGCUGCAGAUACUCGUCAGCGUGGUGUUCGUCGAGGACGCGAAGAAGGUCGUAGUGAUUAUACUGGACCUCCAAUUGAAAACUAUGAUAGAUUUCAUCGAAAUAUUUGGGACAAGCAAAUACCACUGCCAACUCAAGUUCAUAAAGGUGAAAGUGUCUAUGACUAUUAUGACAUCAUGGAAGAACUUGGGAUUGGAACAUUUGGUGCCGUUCAUCGAUGUCAAGAGAAGACUACGGGUAAUUCGUAUGCGUGUAAAUUUGUGAACACUGAUACACCACAAGAUAAACAUGUCGUUUUAAAUGAAGUUGAAGUGAUGAAAGAAUUACAUCAUCCGAAAUUACUCAACCUUCACGAAGUAUUCGAUGAUAAGAAUGAUGUAGCGAUGGUUAUGGAACUACUUACUGGCGGUGAACUGCUUGACCGAUUAGCAGAUGAAAAUUCUACAAUGUCUGAAGCUGAUGCUAUUAAUUAUAUUCGACAAGUAUGCGAAGGUAUACAACAUAUGCAUGAUACAAAUAUCAUACAUCUGGACAUAAAGCCGGAAGAUUUAAUGUUUGAAACAUCAAAAUCAAAAAAUCUAAAAAUUGUAGAUUUCAGUUUAUCAAAGAAAUUAGAUCCUAAAUCACCAGUUAAAGUUAGUUUAUCACAUCCAGAAUUUGCUGCACCAGAAAUUACACGAUCUGAACCAGUUGGAUUUUAUACAGAUAUGUGGGCAAUUGGUGUUUUGACUUAUAUGAUUUUAAGCGGUUUAUCACCCUUUGCUGGAAAUACAACAGCUGAAACAAUAGAGAAAAUUGGAAGAGGUCAAUUUACAUUUGAUCAUGAUGCAUUCAAUGGAAUUUCGGCUAAUGGUAAAGAUUUCAUUAGUAAAUUGUUACAAAAACAACCAAACCAGCGUAUGACUAUCUAUGAAGCCUUAAAACAUCCCUGGCUUAAUGAAGCAAUCACGGAUGAACAGCGUCGACGUAUUCCACCUUCACGUUAUAAAGAAUGUCAAAGACAAAUGCAUGAAAGAAUGGGUGAUAUAUAUCAAAGAAGCCCGGCUAUUGGUCAUUUGGCAAAUUAUUCAUCAAUACGUCAAAAUAGACGAGAUAAAUAUCAAAUACAAGAAACAAAUUUCGAUCGUAAAGAGGCUGGUCCACGUUUUGUAAAAUGGCCUAGUAAUCAAUUAGUGAUGGAAGGUGAAAAUGCACAAUUUAAUUGUCGUGUUAUGGCACUUUCUGAGCCCACCGUCACAUGGUUAAUCUUAGUGAUCAUUUCUUUGCAUAUGGUAACAGUUUCAUUGUGCUUAUUCAUGAAAUUCAGGCAUUUUGGUGACGUUCAAUUAUCUCAAAGUGUAAAACAUAUGCAACGUUAUGCUGGGCACGAUUAUUCCUUAAAAAUAAAUAGGGUACGUAUGGAGGAUGCAGGACAUUACACUGUUCGUGCUGAAAACAGUUUUGGAAAACGUGAAUUCCCUGUCUUACUAACAGUGCAACCAUUACAAGAAAUUAAAAUUGAACCGUUGCCACCAACAUCACGUAAAAAGAUUGAACCAGCGCCCGUCGAAAUGUUCCAUGAAGAAGAGACAGCACCGCGUUUUGCUUUCCAUCUACGAAAUCGUUAUAUACAAGAAGGUGGAAGUGUGAAACUGACAUGUUCUGUCGAUGGUUGUCCUACUCCAGUAAUCACAUGGUUUAAAAAUGGUAAAGAAUUAAGAAAAGGUGAUGGGAAUUAUGAAAUUCAACAGAUGCUUGGUAUCACGUCACUUGAAAUAUAUUCCUGUUCAGAAAAUGACUCUGGACGAUAUUCCUGUCGUGCAGUGAAUAGUCAUGGUGAACAUGAAACUGAAUGUAAAGUUAUCGUUGAAGCGAGCCGUGUUAAACGAUUUCUCAGUGCUCAACAUGCUGACAGAAAAAUUCGUUCAAGUAGUCAACAACCUACUGGUUUUGAAUCAAGAAAUGAAAAUUCUUCAUGGCGUGAUGAUAAAAGAACUUUGACUCGUCUUACUGAAAGACAUGCAUCAGAAGUACGUGAAAUUAAUGAAACACGUGAUAAAUGGUCAAAUAAUGAAAUCAGAGGAUUACGUGACUUAGUGGAACAUAGACCUUCCAAUGGUGAAAUCCAACCUAUUCGAGUUGCCGCACCUAAAUUGUCAAAAGGGUUAAAACCCAUUACACAAGUUGAAUUAGGCAAAAGUUUCAAACUGGAAGCAAGAUUUGAACCAACAAAUCCUCCAACUAAAAUUCGCUGGAGUUUUAAUAAUCAAGAAAUCACUUCAGAUGGUAAUAUAAAGAUCACAACAUCUGAAGAUGGUGAAUUCAGUUAUCUUGAAGUGUUUGAUUCUAGUUUUUCAAAUGCAGGUGAUUAUGAAGCUAAAGCUGGAACAACUAUUACUCGAACCAGUGUCAAAAUUGAAGCCCCAGCUAAUUCAUUGAAUGGAAUGAUAGAUGAAAAUGAUGACGAACUAUCAGAUGAAUUUUCUAGUCAAGCUGUUGAACAAGUAAAUGAUAAUGAUGAAGGAAUCAUACCUAAAGCUGUUGGAUUAGCGCCAUUAUUCACUGUCCAUCCAAUAAGCCAAACUGUCAAAGAAGGAGAUACGGUUUGUUUAGAGUGCACUGUAUCAGGAGAUCCCAUUCCAGAAGCUGAGUGGUAUUAUAAUGAUGGUCCUAUUCAAGCUGGACAUAUAUUUUCUCAAGAUAACGAAAUCAUAAAGCUUGAAUUACAAGCUCUAUUACCCGAAGACACUGGUGCUUACGAAUGUCGUGUCACAAGUUCAAUGGGAAAAGCAUCCACUAUUGCCUUCCUUGUUGUCGAACCUGCAAAUGAAGUGCCGAAAGGACCUAAUUUCCUUACUUUUCCACAAUCACGUAGUGUUGAAGAAAAUGAAUCUGUUACUUUGAAAUGUUCCUUUAGUAAUUCACUAGUUGAAGAAGUUUUUUGGUUUCGCAACGAUACUCCGUUGGAUCCUAAUUAUUGUGAUUUUGAUAAAUCUGCUCAAACCAGUAUAUGCAUCCUUCCAUCAGUGAAAGCAUCAAAAGAUUCUGGAAUUUAUUUAGUAAAAAUCAAAGAUAUAAAUGAUAACUCAUUUAUAUGUAAAUUUUGCCUACAAGUCAUACCAUCUUUAAUGGUGAAUGAUAAUAAUUCAAUUAAAGUUAUUUAAAAUUACAUAUUUUGUACAGGAAAAUUAACUUAUCCUAAUGUUAUCAUGACAAAUGGCUUCAAAAUUCUUAUAGACCAUAUAUUAACUAACAUUUCAGAAUAAAUUUAUGAUUUAAAAAGAACACAUUAUGUUUACAUUAUUCAAGCACAAUAUCACACACAAUCUAUGAACUAUUAUCAUUUAUUGAUUUAUACUUUUUUUUCUCUCUCAAAACAUUAGUAAUUCAUAGAAACCUUUUAUUCUCCUCCUCCUCCUCCUCCUCCUCCCCCCCUUGAUUAUACUAACAACAAAUGCUUUUUCCCAUUUUGAAUAAAAUUCAAACAACAACAUAGAAACAAAGAAAUAAAUAAAAAUCUCCGGAACUAAUUGUGUAAAUGAUACAAUCAUCAGAGGAAUAUUAUUUUUUGAAGUAGACAAAACAACCAACAGAAAGAAUAUCCCAAAUCAGUUUUUUUUUGUUAAAAAAGAAAGAAAGAACUAUUUCAUUUUCUUUUAGUUUAUGUUAUUAUUUUGCUAGUCAUUUCAAUGUGUAUACAUACUUCUAUGUAUAAGAUGAGAUCAUAAUUACUAAAUAUGAAAAAAUGAUACAUUAUGAAUGUCAUUGAAAGUCAAUCACCGACUGUUCACUUAUGUAUUUUGUGACUUGAAACAACAACAACAACGAAAAAAAACUAUUACUAAAACUUGUCAUUUUCAACGCUUUACUUUCUCCCAUUUCGUUUUUUUUUAGUCUGUUUUUGUUUUUAACUUUACAAAGUACUAUAGAUGUUUUUUUUUUUGUUGUUGUUGCCAAACAUGGAAGGAUUAUCUAAUAUAAAACAUGUGUAUACUAUUAUCUUUUAUUUAUCAUGAUAACUAUUAAUGUGAUUAAACAUUUCAACAUUUAUCUUGCCUUUCUCUGUUGUUGUUGUUGUUGUGUUUUUAGACGAAAUUCUUUGAUGUUUUCUCCCUUUGUGUUUUUGUUUUCUUUUAAUUUAUUUACUUAUUCUCAUUCCCAUGGAAAUAAAAAGAAAUCUGUUCCCUUCCUCGCCUAACCGGAUGCUUUAUUAUAUUCAUAUUUUCUUUAAAUAUUUAAAAGACAUUUUUAUGAUUAUAUACAAAGAAUACGACUAUACAAAACUUUAUUAUAAUAUAAAACAAUUCUAACAGUUAUUGGUUAGUUAGCUUUUUUUGUUUCCAAAUUGUAUGUACGUAAUCAUAAAGCAUACAUUUCCUCAUUUAUUCAUUGAACUCUUUUUAAAAUAAUAUUUUCUUUUCCUAUCUUAUAUAUUUGUUUUCUAUUAACAACGUAAUUGUUGAAAAAAAAAUAGUUGCUAACCUCUCUAUUUGAAUCAUUUAUCAUUAUUAUUGUUGUUCUGUUGUGAUUUCUUUCGAAUUUUAAUUAGUAGUUAUGAAAUAGGCUACAGUGUAAGUAAAAACUUACUAAAACUGUUGAUAUGAUCUUAUGAUUUCUACAAAAAUAGACACAACAAGAACGACGACGACAACAACAACACCGACCAACUCUUCUGCUUUAUUACAAAUAAGAAUAAUCUAAAUAAACAAUGAUUAAUGUUAUCAUUUAAAAUUAUUUCAAUUCCCCUUGAAAUUUUUUCUUAAUUUAUCACUAGUCUAUUCGCAUGUUUAUUUACUUAUACAAAGUAAAAUCUUUUCUCAAUUCUAAAUCUUUUCUUUGUUCUUUGAUAUAUUAUGCAAGUAACUAAAUGGUAUUAAUCGUUAUGAUGAUAAUACUGAUUAUUCAUAUUAUUCUGUUAUCCAUUACUUGACAAUAAUAACAAUCUCAUUCACUAUAUGUGCUAUUUUCUAGCCAUUGAAACAAGAAGUUAAAUUUUUUACAUGAUCUUUUUCUUUUGUUGUCGUACUUGUUCUCAUCGUUAAGUCCUUUUUUUUUUCUUUAUUACCUAUUUGUUUCUUUCAACAGAACUGAAAAACUUUUCUUCUACCUGACCCUAUAUUAAAUGAUAAUUAUUUACUGACACAAAUUAUGUUCGAUCUGAGAGAAAAGAAAAAGAGUCUGUUUUAAAAAAAAUAAAGUUUGAAAAAUU